AUGGCAGGCGGGUCACUCUUCCAGGUCGGCGAAGAUGUCGAAUUCUGGAGAGUAUUGAUCCACUUGAGUAUCCUGGCGUUCUGCCUCGUGCUCUUUGAAAGGGCACUACAUAAACUGGAGCACAAGUUCCCUCUUUCGGAGAAAUACCAGCACAUGCUCAAGAAGGCGUAUCGAGAGCUCAUGGUCCUCGGUUUGAUCAGUCUCGGACUCAAGAUCCUCAGAGAGAUCCCCGACAUCGACAGCUACAGCAAGACCAUAUUGGCCUUCCAAGUGGCCGAUUUGACCAUCUUCCUUCUAGCGCUGGCCCUCAUUGUACAGUCCACCGGUGUGUUUCUACUACUGCGCAACCAGAACGACCGAGCUGAACGAGCUGAACUCAUCACGACGCAAGACCUGAUCAACUCGGUCAACGGAUCCAAAGGUUCCGACGAUGCGGUGCCCACUUUCUUUCAGACGCUGUUCUGCUGCGGCAGGUCAGCCAAGAAGAGAGCCAACGACAGAGAACUCAUCGAGUUGAGACUUCUGCGGCGUCUGUUCGUUCACCGCUUCGGACUACCGCAGCUCUUCCCGUACUCCAAGUACCUCAGUCGAGCUCAAGCCAACCAGAUCGCGCACAUGAUUGAGGUAGAGCCGGUGAUGUGGGUCGUGCUGCUCAUCGUGGCGUGGGCAAUUUGUGGCCUGCUGGAGAUACUCAAGACCCUCGAUACCGACAUGCCAGAGAGCCACGAGCUCGUCGAAUCUUUCAUGAUGUUCGCGUGGGCGUUGCUACUACUCCACGUCAUGGUGCGCUCAUACCUUCGCUCCUGUAUACACCACCUCCUCCACUCGGCAGCAUUCAGUAACGACAAGGCCACACUUGUUGCCAACCUGAGCGUUAUCGCCGAUGAAGAAGCCGAAGCGUGGAAGAAUGAGGAAGCAGACAAGGCACUAGAGAUCAUGGGGUGCAUCCAAGAGCAUCACGAGGAGCUGGAACUCCAACGUGAACGCAACAAAAGAGCGGGUGUAGGACACCUCAACAAGCGACGCAGCAGCCUGGCAGAGGAAGGCGUCGUGCCCGGGUCUCCUACCAUCGAGAUCCGCUUCUUCUCACACAAAGGAUGGCACAUUGGCGUCAUGCUGCUGCUCAUCCUCAACGGGUUCCUCAUCACCCUCUUUGUACAGUGCGCAUUCUACGACAUGGACGACAUCUACGAAGACUUUGGUACACUCCCGACGAUCAUGGUACCGCUCCCGCUGGUGCUUAACGCCGUGAUUCUACAGCGUCACAUCUUCUACGACUUUGUCGUCGUCAGUAACACACUGCGUAUCGAUUCGCAGACACUUAGUGACGUCGUGGAGAAUUUCAGUGAGAUCGUUCACGUACGAUCCGAGUUCGCUACCACUCUACUGAACCACAUUGUCCAACAAGAACUUACUAUCGUAAAUCUCCAGGCCGAACUGAAGGCCCGAGACCGAACCAGCUCUGGGUUCAUCGAUGUUGACGAUCUUCGUGAGGUUCUGUCGAACUGUUGUUUCAACUGGAAGGUACCACCGUCGCCUACUCACACGUAG